GCAGUCGCUGUUCUCGGGGAGUUGGCCCUGCGUUUUGGUUAGAUUGUUGAGUUGCUUUGAGGGGAAUGGACAAUUUGUGAUAUUUCAUCUCUACAAUAGCUAGGUUCUGACCAGGAUUCUGGAGGACUCAACCUCGCUAGGAUCAUCACGAUGGAUCCACACUGCAAACAGUUAUCCUCCCCGAGCAUCGUCAACUUCUCCUUCUCAGUGCUGAUUCUCCUCGGUAUUCUUCUAUCCUAUGUUCCACAACACCACCGGAUCAUCUCACGGCGUUCGUCCUUUGGCAUAUCUCCAUAUUUUGUCCUCCUAGGUACAACGUCAGGGACCUCCGGAUUUGCAAAUAUCCUUCUUCUCCCUCGGAGUGCCAAAGAUGUCGCAUGCUGUGACGAAAUCAGUGGAUUCUCUUGUUUUGCUGGCCUCUUAGGAAUCCUACAAGUCGGCACGCAAGCAGUAUGCUUCGUUAUCAUCCUUGCACUCUUUGUUAUCUUUUUCACCAACCCCGAUACCACCGCGGCAUCAAAAACCCGUGAAUCGCCAUCAUUCCGUACUGCUCUUCUGGUUGCCGCAGCAUGUAUAAUCCAUGCCGUAGCUGCUGUGGUUUUGGGUGUCAUGAUAGCGCUUGCAUACCCGUCCUCCCGCCAGCUCUGGGCCAAUAUUUUUGGCAUCAUGGCAACCAUCCUGUCGUCCAUCCAAUAUUUCCCUCAAAUAUAUACAACCUACGUCUUACGCCGUGUAGGUAGCUUGAGCAUCCCAAUGAUGUGUAUUCAGACCCCCGGCAGUCUUGUGUGGGCAGCUUCUCUGGCAGCCCGCUUGGGAACUGAAGGAUGGAGCACUUGGGGGGUCUAUGUGGUCACAGCGCUUUUGCAAGGGACUCUCUUGAUAAUGGCAAUAUAUUUCGAAUACCUUAAUCCUCAGAAGGGGGAAGGAGGCACUAAUUCAGGAGGGGUCGCGGUCACUCUACCCUAUGAGAAUCGCGCUGAACCCAGCUUCUCAGAAGAUAAUGAAAAUCGAGUGCUUGAACGAACUCCAUUGCUGCGAAAGCCGUGAGUCUAUGAUAUUUUUCUGCUAUGUUUCACUCAGCAUUCAUAAUAUAGUUUUGGCUUAAAGUUGUGGAAUAGUCAGAUAGACUCUGUUGCUUGCAUGUCUUUCCGCACUCUGCAUAUGUUUAG